AUGACACACCUGAAGAAUCUCAUAUUGUUUUCACUUUCAACAUCUUUGCUCUUUAAGUUUUGCUUUCGUUCCAGAAAAGCAUUCAUUGUCAAUUUAUUGACUGUUAUCGAGACUCAAAAAGCAUUUCGAUAUUUUGACUUCAACACCAUAAACAACAAUGUUAUGCUUUGUUAUGAAAUUUCUGAAUGUAAUCGGUUCAUGCAGUUACGAGACAACAACAAAGUCGACAUGAGACUUGAGUCGGUUGUGGUGACUGGAAAGCCUUGA